GCACGUGUUAGAUUAAAACUACAAACUACAAAGAAAAAAAGUUGAUCAACACAGUAGAUUGCGCGCGCUUCCCCCUUCCUCUUCCCUCUCAGUCGUCCACUCCGCCGUCGCCACCGCCGCCACCGCCGCCAUGGACUCGAUUUUAAACGCGUCGUUAGAAGAAAUCUGCUUGGAAGGCCGAAACGGUCUCGCGAUAUCAACCCUCUGGUCCAGACUCGAGUCCUCUCUUUCAUCCUCCAAUUUUUCUGAUCAUGGGUUCAAACAAACCUUAUGGGCGGAGCUCCGGUCAGUCCCGACCCUCAAAUUCCUGAACCAGAAGCAAAAUCCCCGGUACUACAGCCCAGCGGAUUCUUCAAUCCAGUCCUUCCAAGACGCCGAGAAACUCGACCUGAAGCUCGUCGCCGAUCAAUGUCUCAGGGACAGCUUCCUGGGCCUCUACAUUGCCCAAUCCUCCGUCGAAAACAUGUGUUCGUAUCAACGCCGAACCCUUGAAAGAGUUGCCACCGCUAGAAGGGAUGGAAUUACACAAAGUCAACUUUCCAAGGAAUUGGGCAUUCAAGGCAAAAACUAUUUCUACAAAGUGAGAAAGCUUGAAUGUCAAGGGUUAAUUGCGAAGCGACCUGCAUUGGUGAGGAAAAAAAUUCCUGGUGACGAAGGCCACUCGAGCAAUAAUUUGAGCGUGAGUACCAAUUUGAUAUACUUACAUCGCUAUGCAAAUGAUUUGGGCUCUCAACAAGAAGUUGAGAUCACAAAGGUAGAACAGAAUACAGAGAGUUUUGGGAAUGCAAAAGAAAUCCCUGCAAGUGGAGAUGGAUUUUCGGGAAAUGGGGUUAAAGAUAAUGUGCUUGUAAAUGACUAUUUAUCAGCAACGAAGGCAGUCUGCGAUAAGCUCAAAGAAUCCAAUGGCAAGGUUCUUGUUUCGGAUCUCAAGAAAGAGCUUGGUUACAGCGGAACACGUUCAGGAAAUAGAGCGUGGAGGAAGAUUUGUUGCAGAUUGGAAGCUGCUCAUAUUGUGAAAAAGUUUGAGGCUCAAGUAAAUGAGAAGGUUGAGCAAUACCUUGUUUUGCUGAAAAAGUUUUGUCCGAAGAGUCUCGAGCCAAAAAAUCUUGGGCAGGUGAAAAUCGUGAAGAAAUAUCAAACUGCUCAUCUGCUUGCGGAACUUCCGAUUGAGCAUCAAAUUCAAGAAUUGAUUAAUGCUGCAGGAUCAGAGGGUAUUAUUAUGUCUAAUAUUUCCAAGAGGCUUGGAAUUGGCAGGAAAGAGAGUGAUAAGUGGAUUGAAAGUAUGUGCUCUAGGUUUGGGAUGAUUAAGAGGAAAGAACGAAACAAAAAAGUCAAUGAAUAUCGAGUUUGGGAACGAGGGAAAUGCAAUUUCAAAUCAGCCAAGGUAUUCCUUAAUCAAUCAGAAAAUGACAACACAACAACAACAACAACAACAACACCUUAUGUUAGCUAUGUAGAUACUCUUGAUAGGACAGAUCAAAUUCAAUCAACUUUGACAGAAACGGAAACACAUGAUGCCGCAUCAGAUACACCACUUUCUGUCUUGAAUCCACAUCUGACUUUGACAGUGGACAGUGCCAGAAAGGAAGAAAGCAUGCUCGAACAGGAUAAAGGGGCAGGACUUCAAUCUCAAAAAAGUGAACAUGCUUCCUGGAAAAGGAAUAGAUCUUCUAAAGCAAGCUCAGUAGAGUUCACAGAAGUUGAAGGGGUAACUGGAAGGCUGGAAGAGCAGAUGCUUGACAAAUUACCUGUUACUGUCAAAACAUUCAUGGAAGGAAGAAAUCUCUUGUUCACUUUUCCAGGUGAGCAUGACGCACAUUUGCAUGCGUUCCAGAUGGAUGGUCAUCAAGAAACUGACCAGGAAUCUGGAACAAAAGAUACUGAGGGGUGUCAUUCGAUCUUGAGUAUGUGCGAUUUUUCAAAGUUGAAGCCAUCACGUCAAUUCAGGUUUUCAUGGACUGAAGAGGCUGAUAGGCAAUUGGUUAUUCAAUAUGCAAGAUGGUGCGCAACUCUUGGGGCGAAAUAUCAUCACCAGAUAAAUUGGGCUUCACUUCCUGACCUUCCAGCACCUCCUAGUACCUGCAAAAGAAGAAUGUCAUAUCUGAAGAACAGUAAUGGAAAAUUUAGAAAAGCUCUGAUGAAGCUCUGUAACAUGCUCAGUGAAAGAUAUGCUAUGCUCUUGCUAAAAACCCAGAAUGGGUCACUUAACAUAUCCGAUUGCAGACAACUUUUCCAAGGUUCAGCAGAGGAAGGUUAUAACAAGAAUUGUUCCAACAUCAGUGACCGUAAUCAAAGGACAGGUUUUCGGGAAAAACUGUGGGAUGAUUUUGAUGAUAAGAAUAUUAGAAAAAGCCUUGAUGAGAUACUUCACCACAGGAUGACUAAAAUGGAUGCCACCAAAAGAGAUGGAUCUACGUGUGAGGCAGGGUCAGACCAUAGUACAAAUUCUGAAGAAUAUGACCCGCAGGGAUCUGAAUUGAUUGUACCAUCAGUUCCGAGCGAUGAAAUUCAGAAUGAUAGCAGAGGAAUUUCUGCACAACGAUGUGUUCAACACCUUCAUCAGAAUUUCUUUAAACUUUUGCAUGAAGGAGUUGUUAGUGCACCAAUCUACAAAUCUUUGGCUGUAGAGCUAUUUAAACUUGUCUUCUUGAGUACCAUAACAGCACGAGGAGAGCAAAAUCUGCCUGCAGAAAUCCAACAGCGUUACUCAGAGCAUGAUCUUUUAGCAGCUCUCGACUACCUAAGAGAUAACAAAAUUGUGGUUGGGGGUACUGACAGUCAACCUCUAUCCCUCUCACCUCAGUUUUUCUCUAACAUUUUUAGGUCACCGUUUCCUACUGAUUCUGGAAAGAGAGCUGCCAAAUUGGCUCGUUGGCUCCGUGAAAGAGAGAAAGAUCUUACAGAAGGGGGGAUUCAUCUGUCUACAGAUUUAAAAUGUGGGGACUUUUUUCAUUUGUUUGCUCUAGUUUCUUCAGGCCAACUGUCGAUUUCAUCACACAUUCCAGAUGGAGUGGGAGAGGCUGAAGAUUUGAGAAGUUCAAAACGGAAAACUGGAAGCGCUGAAUCUUUGAACUCUAAAAGACUAAAAUACUCAAGUGAUAAUCUUUCCCGCCGAGAAAAAGGUUACCCAGGAAUCAUGGUGUCUGUAUAUCUGACAUCUUCUACGUCGAAGUCUGUAAAUCUGUUGAAAGAUGACGGUGCUUCUAGUGGCAAAAAACACGUCAGUGGAAAUAAUCAUGUAGAACAAACUGGCAGUGUGCCUGAAGGUUGUAUGGAAGACAAAAUGUGUGCGCCAACACUGCCGUGGAUGAAUGGUGAACAGAAAAUUAACAAGAUUUUCGACAAGGGACUCAAACGGCGCCUUCUUGGGAUUGUGAUGCAAAAUCCAGGGAUGUUGGAGGAUGAAAUUAUCCGGAAGAUGGAUGUACUGAAUCCGCAGAGUUGUCGAAAAUUGAUGGAGUUGAUGGUUCUGGACAAGCAUCUUCAUGUGCGGAAGUUGCAUCAAACUGUUUACAGCGGUCCCCCGCCAAUUCUAAGGACCCUCAUCGGAAGCAGCUCCGCCCCGCCAAAAGAGGUGGUUCGUGAGCAUUUCUUCGCAAAUUCCGUGAGUGCAGGUAUGCUGUAGGGAUGUUUUAGCUUCGUCCGGCAUGUAAUUAUAAGUGUAGCAGAGCUGUACAGAAUACUUGUUUCUUGCAGUAGGAUAUCGAGAAUUCUAGUAUGUUCUGAUGUAUACUAAACACGAGAAUUUUUAGCCGUGAUAUAAAAAAUAUACACCGAAGCAUACUAGAUUGAAAAGUUAUAUAAGGGCUAUCGGAAAUUACUCUUG